AUGGGCGGAGGGGGAAGAGGUGGCGGGGGAGGGCCAGGCGGAGGGGGGCAGGAGGCGGGGGGGAGAUGGGGGAGGGGGAUGGCAGCAGAAGCGGGGGACGGUAGAGGCGGUGGGGGGGAAACCGGAGGGGAAGGGGAGAAGGAGGGGGGGAAGGGGGAGAAAAAAGGGGAGGGGAGGAGCAAAGGCAGGGAGGGAGAUGGGGAGGAGAACGAGGAGGAGGGGGAGGAAGAGGAGAUGCGGGUGGAAGAGAUUUUAUCGAAGAAGUCGUUUAAAGAGAUGCAGCAGUCUAAGCGGGGCGAGGAGCUAUUAGAGCUGCUGCAGAAACCCACUGCUAAAGAGACAGCCGUUGCUGCACGGUUCAAGACCAAGGGCGGGUCCAUGGUGCGGGAGUAUUGCAACCGGCUCACAAAGGAUGACUGCCGCCGCCACCGCAACUCAUACACUGCUUGCGACAAGGUGCAUUUCCGCCGCAUCAUAUCCCCUCACACCGACAUGAACCUGGGAGAUUGCUCCUUCCUGGACACUUGUCGACACAUGAAGACGUGCAAGUACGUGCACUACGAGCUCGACCCGGUCCCAGAUGGGGCACCCUACGGAGCCAUGAUCCCUCCAGGGGCGGCUCUACCCCCCGCCGCGGCUGCUGCUGCAGCCAUGGGCAUAUUCGGCCCCCAUGGGGGGCCAAUGGGGCCGCCUGGCAUGCAUGGGCACGGGCCGGCCAUGCCCCCUGUGGUGCAGAUCAACUCGUUCGGGCAGUACAUCCCCUCCACCAUUCCAAGACCCUUCGACCGGCCUCCAAGGCCGGAAUACUGCUCCCAGGUGGAGCUGGGGGAGGCGCAGUGGGUGAACUGUGACAUUCGCAACUUCCGCACGGACAUCCUGGGGCAGUUUGGGGUGAUCAUGGCAGAUCCCCCGUGGGACAUUCACAUGGAGUUACCAUAUGGCACCAUGGCUGAUGAUGAGAUGAGAACACUGAAUGUCCCGGGCUUGCAAACGGAUGGGCUCAUAUUCCUCUGGGUGACAGGGCGUGCCAUGGAGCUGGGGCGAGAGUGUUUGGAGCUGUGGGGGUACCGACGAGUGGAGGAGAUCAUAUGGGUGAAGACGAAUCAACUCCAACGCAUCAUCCGCACGGGGCGCACGGGGCACUGGCUGAACCACAGCAAGGAGCACUGCCUGGUGGGCAUCAAGGGCGCCCCCCUUGUGAACCGCAACAUUGACACCGACGUGAUCGUCGCUGAAGUCCGCGAGACGAGUAGAAAGCCCGAUGAGAUGUAUUCCAUGCUGGAGCGCAUCAGUCCGCGGACCCGGAAGCUGGAGCUGUUUGCGCGCAUGCACAACACACAUGCGGGCUGGAUCUCGCUGGGCAAUCAGCUGGACGGCACGCGCCUUGUGGAUGCUGACCUGCGCAAGAGGUUCAAGGAGGUGUACCCAGAUAUUGAAAUCCAGCCACCAGACCCCCCAGCUGAGGAUGGCGCCACAGCCAACGCUAAGUAA